AUGGACAAUGUACCGGUGAUUAGUUGUGUGUUCUUGCCAUUUCGCCAGGAGGGCUCGGCGUUGUUUCUGUCCGACGUCUACAGACAUGCUCUGCCAGCCUGUGAUGUUCAGGAUCAGACUGUAUCCAUGGCCGCUGCAUUGGUCCUCUAUGCAUUGCCCAGGAUGUAUGGACCUGAUUGCCGCAAGGGUGUUUUCAUCGGCCCUGACUGCGACCAGGAGGCCGCGAGCGACGCAAAGGCAUCAACUGUAUCGGCAUCGGCUGCCUCGGCGGCGACUGUGGUGACAAAGGCAUAUGCUUCGGCCAGUUAA